AUGGCUAGCACGCGAUCUCCACCAGUACGUGACGAUUAUCUGAUAAUAUCUUCAGGACUUGUCUCAUCAUGUAACAAUAGGUGGCGAUGGCUUCCGCCCCGAUACGUGGCCAUCAAAGUGAACGCCUGCAAUUAUGCAUCUCAAGAGUCUGCGGAACAGGAGUUGCGCAUUACGGAGCAUAUCACCAACGCGAACCCCCGGCAUCCAGGCCGCAACUUUGUCGCCACCUUGUUAGACUCGUUUCAUCUAAAGUCCGACAACGUCUUACUGGCCCUGCGCAACCGGUCUAUCCUGGACGCGGUCGCACAGGAUGAGAUGAACAGCCCCUCUCCCCGGAAACACCUGGACGAUCGGGACAUAUACUUAUCCCGAAACUACUGGAGCCUGUCGCCCGACGACCUGGGUAGAUCGGUAAUCACUGAUUUUGGGCUUGCCGUGCGCGGUGAUGGCCCCGCGAACUGCCAUCCCAUCCAGCCAGAGGGAUACCGGGCCCCGGAAGUUUGUCUCGGUGGGGAGUGGAGCUACAGUGUUGAUAUUUGGAACUUGGGAGUUAUGGUAGAGACCUCGUUAUCAUCAUCCAGACCACCGCUAAUAGUUUACCAGCUUUGGGACCUGUUCUAUGGGCGUGGACCUUUUGACACAACGCCGGACUCGCGCGGCGCAAAUCCUGCAGACGCAGUCCAUUUGGGCCAGAUCGUUUCUCUCCUGGGGGCUCCUCCACCUGAUCUUCUCGACCGGGGAAAAGAAACAUCUCGAUAUUUUGAUGCUAAAGGACAAUUAAAGUUCCCCGAGCUCAUUGGGAAAAAGGACCUGCUUCCCAUGGCUAAAGAAAUAGAUGAUGAUGGCGGAACACCCCAGUUUAUCGACCUUAUUUCUAAGAUGCUGCGCUGGAGGCCCGAGGACCGGGCCACGGCAGAGGACCUGCUAUCCCAUCCGUGGCUUCCGUAA